UAUAUAUAUGCAUGUGUGUAAAAGUUUACGCACUCAGGAUCUCACACCAAAUGGCUUUUAAGCAUUCUUUCUUCGUUGUUCUUGUGCUCCUUGCAUCUAGUGUGGUGCUGGGGCAAGAUGAAGCUGGGGAAGCUACAGAAACCACCAAUGCUGUCAAAACUGCAUCAAGAAAAAUGCUGCCAAUUGGAGGACAGAUUAUAAAAAUGCUUGGCGUUGGAGUUCAUGAUGGUCAGGAAGGGAAAUGUUCACCCCUCGGGAAACCCUGCAGAUAUAAUCCAUGGGGCUGUUGUGAUUUCUGUGUGUGCGUCGUCGCUGACCCUACGGAUGAGCAGGGCAGCUGUCUUGGUAACUGCUGAAUCAUGCUAAAGCUCCAAGCUAAAAUGCUGCUAGCAUCUAAAUGAACAAUUAGCAAAUUGUUCUAGCCGUUGCAUAAAUAAAUGGAAGCAUGGUUCUAGUGUAGUAUGUUAUCUCCAGCUGUUGAAUAAAAUAUUGUAAAUGGAUUUUCAGUCGGAAAUCCAUUUCUUUUGUGUAUGAACUUCCUUUUUAUUAUUUUCUGCAAUUUCCAUUCUUAUAUUUUCUUUUA